AUAAACCCUGAACCUCCUCGUGAAAAUCUUCCUGUUUCCACCAAAGAAGGAAUCCGACUUUCACCCACUCUGAGUGGAUGCUUCUCAGCACGGCUGCUGCAGCGCUCGGCUGAGUUCACGAAGGAAUAAACUGUCCUACGCAGGAGGAUUAUCAUGAUCACAUGGUUGUUACUGCUCUCACUCUUCAGGAUAAGUACACAAGAUGGAGAAGAAAACGGGGUUUUGCGUUGUGGACCUCAGAACGUGACCCUCAGCAGCGACGAUCAGACACUGCUGCUGACGUGGGGCGAUGGCCCUUCGUGCUCUGAGGUACGAGACGGGCUCGUGUACGAGCUGGAGGUUCUCGUAGCAGACAAACCUGAACACACGGAUGAAGUUGCUGUGACACCUGCACAGAUGGGAUCGACUCAUUCCUGGAAAUGGACUUCCUAUUUGCCGCUGCAGUGCGCUUCCCAUUCAGUCCGGCUCAGGUCCCAAUACAACAACCAAUCGAGCCCAUGGAUGCAGAAGACUCUUCCUGGGAUACAAGAACAGGAUAUCAGAAUUUUUCCAGAGGACCAAAUACGUGAAGUGAACAGCACAGUGACCUUCUGCUGCAUUGUGCCAAAGGGGAAAAGUUUCAGUAGAAUGUAUCUAAAGCGGUAUGAAGGCACCAUUAUAAACACUAAAAAGAUCAGUGAACAUGUGCACACCCUGACUGUGCAUCUGGACCAAGAAUCAGAAAACUGGAGCGAUGUAAUAUGUAAUACAACAACAGGAAACAGCAGUGGAGUCUGUUUCCACGCCGGCUACCCCCCUAGAGAAAGUGAUCUUCAGUGUGAAACCCGGGAUCUGGACUCCAUCGACUGUGUGUGGAAUGUUGGAAAGAAAACAGGCGAACUUCCUUUAAUAGCUCGAAAAUAUCAUCUAGAAGGAAGGCUAUGCAAUGAUGUUAAAUCAGGUAAAUGCUCACAAAAACUGCCGGUGGAGGCUGGUGAGAGGAACUGGACCUUAACUGUAGAAAAUCCGCUGGGGAAGUUGGAGCUCCAUGACACGGCAGACUUGACCAGAAGAGUACACAUGCUCGCUCCACAGGACGUGGUGGCUUCGACUGUGAAUGCCAGAAACCUCAGCCUGAAAUGGAGCUGGACCGUGCAGAAGUACAGUCACCUCAACCUCACAUGCCAAGUAGACGUCAGAGAUCGAGAAGCUAAUGCCACAACUGAAAACUUUGGAGUCGGCCUCACGGCUGCAGUUAUCAACAGCUUGAGACCUUUCUGGGACUAUAACGUGAGGGUCCGAUGUGGAACAGCACAGCAUUUCUGGAAAUGGGGGGAUUGGAGUCCAAGUGUCACAAUCCGCACAAAGCGUGAUGUUCCAGAUGCUCUCGAUGUGUGGAUGAAGGUGAAGGAUGACCGGACUGUGAUCACCUGGAAGAAGCCACUGGCCAAUCAGAGCCAUGGAGACAUCUUGGGCUACGAAGUAGCCUGGGCAAAGACCAAAGAGAAAAAUCAACCAAACAAAACUGAAGUGCCCAGCAGCAAUUACAGUCUUGCGCUCCAGCUGGACCCCAGUGAGGACUACACCAUCAUGGUCACAGCUAGGAACAUAAACGGCAGCUCCCUCCCGUCGACCAUCACCGUUCCUCGCCGCAAUCCAGUUUCAGAUAAACCCAAGGUGAACACCUCUUGGAUCAAUGGCAGCAAUGGUGGCUUCACCCUGUCCUGGUCUCACAGUCCUGAUGCUACCUGCGGCUACAUCGUGGACUGGUGUCCAGCCUUCGGCGAUUGCACCGUGGAGUGGCUGAAAGUGCCUCCUAAUAGGACUAAUGCCAGAAUACUUUCAGAGAACUUUAAAGAUGGACUGAGGUACCUGCUGUCCAUCUCUGCCUGCACCGAGGGAGCGCCGAUGCUGCUCCACAGAAGAGAGGGCUACAUCAGAGAGACCAAAAUUGAGGGCAAGCUGUUUAAACUGAAGGUCAAACAGAAGGUCUCGGAUGUUGAGGUAUCCUGGGACCCCAUACCUCUGGAAAAGCAGACCGCUGCCAUCCAAGGAUAUGUUCUCUACUACUACGACAGCGGGAGCAUUUUUAACAUGAGCACAGAGAAUCCUGAAGCCACCAGACUGACUGCAAAGAACCUGAACAUCAGUACGUACAACUUCACGCUGACGGCUCAAACAGCAUUUGGACUUAGUGGCAAUUCAUCCACCAGCAUCACCUUGAAUCCCUCAGCUGACAAUUUGAUCAUGCUGAUCUUGAUAUCCCUGGUAGCAGUUUUUAUUGUUCUGUCCACCAUCACCAUCCUCUGCUACAAACACUGGGCGUGCAUCAAACACAAAGUCUAUCCUCCGAUCCCAAAGCCAGUGCUGUCCGACAAGUGGCUGACAUCACCGGAUGAGCGCACUAUUCGUCAUCUUCACUUAAAUCAGCCUCACUGCAGCGAGGCCACGGCUGUUCCUGAGCUGCAGGAUAAAAUCAGACCACUGGAGCCUCCUGGAGGCCAGGACUACAUGCCUUUUACCUGCUCUCAGACUCCCAAAGGUUACUACAACCAGUCUCUGAAGAACUCUCUGCCAUGCCUCGUUUUACCCACCACAGGCCCGCCAUCUUCUCCAAUCAAUGGUGUAUUUCCUAACCCUUCAUAUAACAUGAUAGUGCAGGAUGAGGACCAGAACUGUGGAUCGGGGCCUGAAAUCCAGGAAGGGGUACCUAUACUCAGAAGCAUCAGUGGAUACCAGCCUCAGAGUCCCACAGAGAGCUCAACUGAGGAGGAACCAGACAGUCCCAUUUCCUGCGUGUCCACGUACAUUUUGUUACCACAGAAAAGGUCCACAUAGCUGCUGUCUGUGCGAACACCUCUACAGCUUACACAGGUACUUUCGUUAACUACUGCAUAGUUCAUUAAGUUCAUCCACCAGGACAUCAGCGGCCCAGCUGGGGUUAGGGAUGGUUUUUGAUUUAGUCACACGCCAAACUGGCAAAAAAAUAAAUAAAUAAAUAAAAGAUGUUUCCUUUCAAACGUACGUUUUGGCUUUAAAGCUUCUCUACUUGGAUGCUCCUACGUUCACACCUUACCCAUAACCCUAGCUGUUUCACUGCCCAACCAGGGAGCUGGUGGAUGUUAUUAGACGAGGGGAUGAUUACUAAUGCAUGCACAUGCAGUCUCUAUAGAAGUGAUACUUAUAGUCAUAAAUAAUUCAGCUGUCUGAUGGUUGUGUAAUCUGUGUGUCUUCAUGCUUUCUCAUAAUAGCUAAAACACUUCCUGCUCCACCCAACAGAAUUCUGAGGACCAUAGAAACAUUGUUGCAUAAAUUCUGUUUAUCUUUCUUCUCUUUGUGUGUGGUAAGUGCCGGUGAUGGAUGCACCAAUAGGAAUGUCUUUUAUGGGUCAUUUUCCCUCCAUUUAAAUCAGUUUGUUUGAAGGCGUGCACUGAUGGGAAAUAACUCCCCUCAAAACUCUUAAGGUCCUUUCACAGAGAGAGCAGUAAACACUGCGCUGAACACGAGGUUGCCUGACUUGGCCAAAGUUUGCAUAACCCUGCUUAUAGUGUUUAUGUGCCCAAUAUGAGCCUGCUCCCUGUUCUUGUACAGCUCCCUGCAGUCAAAGGUAACCGGUGUGGAACUCGUGAGUGCCCCCCAGUGUUUUUGCUUGAUGCAGUUUAUCGUUUCCUUGUUUAGGUUAAAUUAAAAGCAUGUAAUGAUCUCUGUAUCUGUUUUGUACAUCAGCAGCGUGGCGUUACAGUGGUGCUGGUAACACUGUCACCUCGCAGCAGGGAGGUUGUGGGUUCAAACAUUCCUGACUUUAAUAUAUUUUCAAUUGUAUGAGUGCCACAGCACCCUGACCCAAUGACCCAGUGACCUCUGGCAACCUCUUGCCAAUCAGCCAGUGAAUACACAUUUGUCCCUAGUGACCUGAGGUUACCAGGGGGCGCUGACUGAUCUCUAGGACACUCUAAAUGUUUGUUUGUUGUUGAUUUUGUUUGUUUUUUGAUCAGUUAACAGCCAGCAGCGUAAAUAAAGAGAAUUUAUCCACUCAGACCUUUGAGGGAAGCCCCUCUAAAGCUGGAUUAAUUCUCCUGUGCUGACUCUGCAGAGCUGACAGCAAAGUCUACACAAGCGCUGCACACGCUUUUUGCAUUUUCACUUUAGUGCUGGUGUGUCACCAUCACCACAGAAGCUGCUCUGAGCAUGUUGGACCUAACGGGUAUUGGACAGCAGUGAGAAGACUGCAGAACCGACUGGCUGAUUGUUAAUGUUUGUCAUGUUUGUCCUACCCUAUUGGAAAAUGUGAAGAUUGUCUUUCAGCUACUGAGAGGUCUUUUCUGCUGAUCUGUGUUUAUAAGAACCAUGAAAUUACCUUUGAUUCAACACUGUAAACCAAUAAAAC